AUGUGGACGCCUUUAGAAGUCUUUGACAAUGCCAAGAGGAAGCUGGACUUGGAGGACCCUCUCUACCUCCCUGACUUCAGGACCCUUAAAGGAAAGGGGAGUGUGGCUGCAGCCAGUCUCCCAAGUCCCAAAACGCCCAAGUCUCCCGGUGAGCGGACGCGCUACGACACAUCCCUGGGUCUGCUGACCAAGAAGUUUGUUGGCCUGCUGAGCGAGUCACCUGACGGCGUGCUGGACCUCAACUGGGCCACCGAGGUCCUUGAGGUGCAGAAGAGACGCAUCUAUGACAUCACCAAUGUGCUGGAGGGCGUGCAGCUCAUCCGCAAGAAGUCCAAGAACAACAUCCAGUGGUUGGUGGGUGGCGUGUUCGAGGGCUCGGCCAGCAGCGGGGAGAAGUCACGCGCUCUGCGGCGGGAGCUGGGUGAGCUGGAGAGGGCUGAGAAGGCCCUGGAUGACCUGAUCACGUCCAGCAGUGCCCAAAUCAAGGAGCUGACCGAACACAGAGACAACCAGCGGCUAGGCUACGUUACCUACCAGGACAUCAGAUCUAUAGCCCGUCUGCAGGACCAGACGGUCAUCGCUGUCAAGGCCCCGUCAGAAACCAAGCUGGAGGUCCCAGAGUCCUCAGAGGGCUCCCAACAGAUCUACCUGAAGAGUAAGAACGGCCCCAUCGAGGUGUACCUCUGUCCCGAGGAGGGCCUGGAGGAUGCCAGCCCCGUCAAGAGCACCACCACCCCCAGGAAAGACUACCCUCAUCACCCUCUGGGUCACACUGCCACCACCUCCCCGGCCAUGGCGCCACCACAGUGCACCACCAUCAAACAGGAGGUCAAGCAGGAGCCCAUAGAGGCUGAACUCUCCAGACCAACACCAGUGAGCAGCAGCACUACCCUCCUGGACGUAGAAGGUCUCCUGGGCCUGCCACCCAGCAUGCUCCAGAUGACAGAAGACCAGCUCGCGGGACCCGUGUUCACCCCCGACCCCAAUGCCCCCUUCGUCAGCUUCUCGCCGGCCCUCGACAACGACUACCUAUGGGGGCUGGAGGACAGCGAGGGUGUGUCCGACUUCUUCGACACCUACGACCUGGGAGACCUGCUCCGAAGCUGAGAGACGGAGAUAGACUUUGAAUCAUAAAUCAACCCCUACACCCUACCCCCCUACAUUCAAAUCACUUGAGUAGAUCUGAGAGGUUUGGAUAGGUGUAAAGUGGCACUGGAAACCCUGUCAGGGUGCUUAGGGUUUAGGGCCUAGGAGUUGAUUUGGGAUUCAGGAAGAGAGGGAGGGAGAGAAGGGAUGGGAGAGGGGAAGAGGGAGGUAUAGGAGAGGGUGGUCAUGGGAAACUUCAGCCCAUAUUCA